CCAAAGUAGGCUGGCUAGCUGGGGCUUGUGGAAACAGAGCCAAUGACUUUCGUAAGUGGUGCUGCCUGACCUGGACUUCAAAGGAUGGAGGAUAAGCAGCGCCAAAGGAAGAGGAGCAGCAGGCCAAUGCAGAGGGGUCUCGGAAGCCACCACACAGGGUUAGAAUAGGUGUUGCCUAGAUAAGGCCCUUGUGCUGCCCACUUUGUGCCAGGGCCUGACCACCAGGGAGGCAGUGUAUUGGUGGUGUUGGACAGGUCCUUGGGUGUGGGUGGGAUCCUGGGUCUGACCUCUCACAGGUUUGCCAUCUCUGCUUGGUAUGGCUCCUCCACAGUGCUGAGGCUGAGGGCACUAGGGAGGGAAAGUGCAAGGAAAUGGGCCUGGCUUGAUCUCCAGGACAGGCUUUCUGGAGAAAGGCCUAGUGUACUUACUUCAGCUGAACGAAAGGACUGCGAGAGCCUCCCAAGCAGGCCUCUGCAGGGUGAUAUUGCGGUGGGGUUGGCUCCUGGAGCCAAUGGUCAGGGAAGAGCAGAGCUAGCUCCCCUGUGAAGGACCUUCAGGCUUGGUCCAGGAUGGAGGAUGCAGGGGGCAGUUCAGUCUGUGUGUCAUGAGCUCCCAAAAUGCCGGGGCCAGGACGCGCCAGAGGUGGCUUUAGGAGCGAACGCCCAAAGCCAGUCCAGAACGCUCUGGGUUGCAACUAGGACAUCGGUGGGAGGGGUCUGUGGCCCAACUGGGUGCGGUCCCUGAGCCCUCAGCUACCCCAGCCUUUCUGUCUGCAACUUCAGGGGAUGGGGAGCCUGGGAUUGGCUGCAGGCAAUGGUCUGCGCAAGGAUUGGUUGCUCUGGUCCCGGGGGUUGGGUCCGGAGGUAGCAGAUCCAGCCCCGGAGACUUCAAAUGGGGAGCCCCCAAGAAGUCCCAGCAGACCGGAGGUGGUGAUCUGACCCGCGCGGCGAGCUAACUGCAGGCGGAGAUCCGGCAACGCGGGCUAAAGGGCAGUAGGGCUCACGCGGGGAGCCGAGCCAACCAAAGCGCCGCCGCCGAGCGCAGGGCGGCCCGGGGACCAUCGGGCGCGCGUCUCGCCUACAGCCAUGGGGUCUGCAUCGCUGGAAAUCCUGGGUCUAGUCCUGUGCCUGCUGGGCUGGUUGGGCCUGAUCCUGGCGUGCGGGCUCCCCAUGUGGCAGGUGACUGCCUUCCUGGACCACAACAUCGUGACGGCGCAGAUCACCUGGAAGGGGCUGUGGAUGACUUGCGUGGUGCAGAGCACUGGGCACAUGCAGUGCAAGGUGUAUGAGUCUGUGCUGGCGCUGAGCUCUGAAGUGCAGGCGGCACGGGCGCUUACAGUGGGCGCCGCGCUGCUGGCGCUGAUCGCGCUCUUCGUGACCCUGGCUGGUGCGCAGUGCACCACAUGCGUGCCCGCGGGCCCGGUGAAAGCGCGCGUGGCCCUCACUGGCGGUGCGUUAUACGUGUUCUGUGGGUUGCUGGCACUCGUGCCAAUCUGCUGGUUCGCCAACAUUGUUGUCCGUGAGUUCUACGACCCCUCGGUUCCCCUGUCGCAGAAGUACGAGUUGGGCGCGGCGCUGUACAUCGGGUGGGCGGCCUCGGCGCUGCUCUUGUGCGGUGGUGGACUCGUGUGCUGCGGCGCCUGGGGCUGCGCCGGCCGCCCAGACCUCAGCUUCCCAGUCAAGUACUCAGCCCCGCGGAGACCCACGGCCAGCGGCGACUACGACAAGAAGAACUACGUCUGACUGCGCGGGGUACGGCGGGGACCCCUCCUUAAGCCAAGCCCGCGAAUUGGAGGAGCGGCCUUAGAAGCUGCAGCCACCGCUGGGUCGCGCCCAGCACAAACUCCACCGAAUGUCGGACUCAGUGUAUCGACCCGACCGGCUCACAGCCUAGUUGGUCCUCUCUGAUGGCCACCACCCAGGCCCUGGCCCGCGCCCUUCCCUGAAUAGAUGACAAGCACUUAGGAGGACUUGAUAGAGUUCCUUUGUGUGCAGCACUGACCAUGACAUGGGCGGGGCUCUCGAACUCAACUGGGGAGUGGGCACCCCACUACAAAUGCCAAUUUCGUUCUCUACCCAGGGAUGGGGUGGGCGUGGGAGGGAUCUUGGAUGCUGCCUUUCUUCCCAUCCCUCCGACAGAUCUGGGCGGGCAGGUGAAGGGCCUAAGACCCCAGCCCGGAAGGAUGUGUAUGAAGGGCCUUUUCCCUUUCAGCAGGGACUGAGCCCAAAGGACCAAGUGACUUCCUUUGGACCUAUUUGUGUAACCUCCGCAGCCCCCCAAGUGAGGCUUGUGGACACCGGAGCCUGGGUGGGGCUGGUCCACUGCCCUCCUCCAAGCUUGGAGGGGGUUGGAGAGGUUAAGAAUUUGCUUAGUAAAUAGUUUGAACACUC